AUGGGAAGGUGCUGUCUGGGAAAUUGGUCCCCGAGGACGAAGCACGCUUUUCUUUGUGUCGUGCUACGCCCGAAGUUCCACAAUCUGUCUGUCUCUUUCAGUCUUACCCAAUUCGCCCCUACACUUUUUAUUCACCUCUCAUAUUUUAUCUCUCCUGAGCGUCUCCUUUUCCACCAUUACCAGCGCGGCCACCGCCCGCCAACCAUUCCUUAUUGUUUUUGCAUCUCUUUUCUUCGAAGUUCUCACGUCGACACCCUUACACGCAUCACAGUGGCUAAGGUGCGGUGCCGGGAAAAAGAGUUAAAAUCAUAUUUAUGCAGACCGUCUUCUUCCGACAACAAUGCCUCAGAUAUCAACAAUGCUAAUAUGUCCAAUAGCGUAUUUAGUACUGAUGACUCAGAAUUGACUUUUGUUUCUUCUUCCAUGUUCUUCUCUCGAACCGAGUCCUAUUUUCUCCUUUGA